UUGUCGCACAAACGGAAGAAGCGCAAGGCGAAACACCGGAAGUUUAUAAAGUAAUUGCCGAAGAAAGAUUGCCAACCACAAAUAGCAGAAAUAUUCAAGAAGCAGUCUUAUCCGUGGAAAUGGUGAAGGAAGAGAAUUUUACCGAUGGCGCCGAUGAGGAAAUGUUGGGCGUGGGCACGAACUCGGCCGAUGAGAAGCUGGCCGAGCGACGCGAUGAGGUCAAAUUCAUCAAGGGUGAUCAGCAGAAUGGCGAUGCCAAGAUCGACAUUGGUAAUCUGAAUGGCAAGCCUGCCUUCACUGGGAUGAGCAAGGAGGAGCUACUGAAGUAUGCCAAUGAUCCGUUCUGGGUGCGUUUGCGUUGGAUCUUCUUUGUCGGCUUCUGGGCCAUUUGGGUGGCCAUGUUGGUUGGCGCCAUCCUGAUCAUUGUGGGUGCCCCGAAAUGUGCUGCCCCCCAACCGUUGCCGUGGUACAAACGUGGCCUGCACGCCAAGUUCGGCAAUGUGGAUACUGCCAAGCAGGAAGAUGUGCAAGCCGCACAGAAGUUGUUUGCAUCGGGUGCAAUUUAUGAGUUGCCAGCCGCGCAAACCUACGAUGUAAUGAAACCCGAUGUGGAGGCACAGAUCCAGCAACUAGUCGAUCUCUAUAAAUCAUCGGAUGUGAAAGUGGUGCUUGAUCUGACGGCCAACUAUGUGCACAAUAAUUCGCAGCUGCUGCUCGAUGCAUUGGCCGAUAAGGAGAAACGUGGCGCCUUUGUUUGGAUCGAGGGCGCUACCGAGUUGCCCAACAAAUGGAAAAUGGUGGGCGGCAACUCAACGGCCUGGGCCCAACUGGAGGAUGGCAGCUAUCUGCUCUCCCAAUUCGGGUCGGGCAACUAUGAUCUGAAGAUGAACUCGACGCUGGUGCGGCACGAGUUCGGGCAAGUGCUCAGACAUCUGCUUGGCCUGGGUGUCCAUGGCUUCCGGCUGAAGAACACCAAGUUCUUCUUGAUCAACGACGAUCUCAGGGAUGAGGGCAUCUCGCCCACACCACAAGAAUUCAAUAUGGUCGAUUAUGGCUUCUAUACGCACACACAGACCACAUUCCAGAACGGACUCGGCGAUGUCCUCUACGAUUAUUUAGACAUGGUCAAGAAUAUAUCGGCGGAUGCAUUCCUCUCCGUUGCCGAGGAUAUUAUACAGCCGCAGGCUUAUGUGCUGAGUGAAGCAGGCGGCGCAUUGGGCAUUGAUUUGCCCAUGUAUGGUGAUUUUGUGAAAGCACUCAGCUCACCCAAGCAGGCGAACAAGAUGACGCUGAUGCAGCAGCUGCAACAGGUGUUCAUCGAGACGGGCAACAGCAGCUGGCUGCAGUGGAACUUUGCCGAUGUCCAUUUGGACACCACAUCGCAUCCCUCUGCUUUGGCACUGUUCAUGUCCCUGCUGCGUGGCGUUCCAGUUGUCCCCGUCGAUUCCAUUGAGUAUUCUCGUGUCAGCAGAGAUACCUACAGCGAGAUCCAACAGUUGCGUCUUUCGCCCUCCUACAUGCACGGCGAGAUGCAGAUCUAUGAGGCCAACCAACUCAUCGCCUACUCCAGAAUUAAGUCGGGCAGUCCUGGCUACUUUGUCAUCUUCAAUCCGAGCGAUUUGCCGCAGCGGAGCAAUUUCACGGGUGAGGAGGAGCACAAGUUGCCGGAGAAGAUGACCGUCUCGUACUUCAGCGAGAACUACAACGGGGAUGACAACGGGAAUUCCACAAAGGUGGUCCACUCGAGCAAAGUGAAUCUCAACGAGCUUCUCGUCGCUCCCCAUGCUACCAUCAUUUUGACCUAUGUGCCGGUCAAGAGCGAGUAAAAACUACUCCCAAAAUAUAUAUAUAUAUUCAAAAAUAGCAGCACAGAAAAAUAUCUAUACUCAAUUGCUUAAAGAGCGGAGAACAAAAAAUAUGCUUUGAAAAUGUUUGAAAUAUAAUCGUAAACAAUAAAAAGGGUUUAGGAUUUUGUUUGUUAGCCCUUUGCUUUCAAAAAAAAAAAAAAAAAGUUAAACAAAUAUAAAAUAUAUAAAUGAAUAUUCAUUGCUUGCAUUUCAAAA